GAUUUAUAUACAAUUCAUUUUGAAUGUUCGACUAAAAUAUCGCGGAGGAAUCGUCGCCAGCUUCAAUCCGGGCUAACUCUUCUACAAACCACAAACUAUAUCUGGACAGCGUUGCCACUACAGUAAUGGUGAAUGACAAAGAGGUGAAUGUGCGGACCAUUACGGUGGAGGACCGUACUGGGAAGGUGAAAGUCAGCCUGUGGCGCAACAUUGCAGCAGAGCCUGUGGUGUUGGGGGAUGUUGUUGCCAUCACCAAUAUUGUUGUCAACAGCAAGAGAUAUAACAAUGAGGAAUCCCUGUCGUCAACACAAUUUACAAAGAUAGAGGUUACUGACAUGCCAAACACCGAGAUGACGGCCACCAUUCUAGGACUUGACCUGGGUGAUGUGGAAUCCCAGUUACUCACAGAACAGGAUGGAAUCUUCAAUGUAUCAAACGAAGUGCUAGUUGCCGCCUUUCAGUGUCAGUUGGAAGACAUUACAGCCAAACUACCAAAACACUGA